AUGAAACUCAGCCCAGUGGUCAUCGUCUUACUCGCCUGUCUGCUGAGCCUGGCGCAGGCGGACGUGCAGCAGCAGCGCCGUCGCUACCAACUGCAGCAGCAGCAGCAGCAGCUGCAGCGGCAACAGCAGCAGCAGGCGGGUUACAACUAUAGGCCAGCGGUUCAGAAUCUGGAGCAGAUUGCACAGCCGGCGAUCAGCUAUGCCGCGCCACAGCCGCAGCAGCUGUAUAGAGCUCCUCCAGCGCCUGCCCAGGCAGAGGCAGCUGCACCACAGCCGCAGCAGUUUUAUAGAGCGCCCGCCCAGGCGGAGGCCGCCGCCGCGACGCCCGCACGGCUGCAGGCAAAGCCCGCGCGUUUGGUGGCCAACAGCGAGGCGCAGGAGGAGGACGACAUCGAUGAUGCCGCCGAGGAGGUGGAGGUGCCCAAGGCAGCGCCAGCAGCUCCGGCUGUCGCUCCAGCGCCGCUCGCACCCGUUCAGCCGCCAACCAUUGUCUAUUAUCCGGCAGGCGCCGUCAGCUUUGUGCAGCCCACGUCCUUUGCCAAGUUCAUAGCAGCGCCUCAGGCGGCACCAGCAGCACCAGCUGCUGCCUAUGUGGCCGCGCCCCAAUACUAUGCCGCCUACUAUGGCUAGGAAUGUGUCCUCUUUUCUAAAUA